AUGAAGAUCAUCGGGCACCAGAACAGUGCCACAAACCUCAAGCACACGCGCUCGGCCUGCCCGGUCGGAGAUGCCGACGCCAAUUCAGCAACGCGGAACACCAGCGGCACGUACUUUGCCCAGCAGCGGCAGCCAUGCUCUGAGACGAUAAAGAGAGCAAGCACAGAAUGCUCGGGGCCUCCUCGCAUCUCAAAACCGGUCGAGCUAAUUCUUCCAUCCUACGACUGCGUCGUGAUCGGGUCGGGAUAUGGCGGAGGCGUUGCUGCCUCUCGAAUGGCGCGGGCCGGCCAGUCAGUCUGCCUCCUGGAGAAAGGAAGGGAGAAGUGGCCAGGAGAGUAUCCUGUUAGCUUCGGCGAGAUCUCAAAGGAGUUUCACGUGUCCGGUCGAUUCAAAGCCGGGCCAGUCACCCUUCACGAUGUCGACAACCACAAAGACACUGGGCUCUACCACCUCAUGUUUGGUCAUGACCAGAGCGUUUUUGUGUGCAAUGGCCUGGGAGGCGGCAGCCUGUUGAAUGGGAACAUCUUCCUCGAGACUACCAAGGAGGUCUUGGCGAUGCCAUCUUGGCCGAAGGAGAUACGUGACAACCCUGGGUGUUUGUCAGAAUACUACGAUAUGGUGAGAGACGUCCUGGAGCCGGAGGCGUAUCCAGCGAAUUGGCCAGAGCUGCGCAAGAUGAAGGUCUUCGAGAGCCAGGCCAAAUCAUUGGGCCUCGGUCAGAAGUUCAUCAGAGCCCCUCAAACAACGCGCUUUCGAUCUGGACCGAACAGCACAGGCGUCAACAUGUCUGCCUCUACAUCGUCGGGCCAGGAUUGCACAGGCGUUAACGACUGGUCGAAGUCCUCUACUCUCGUGACAUACCUCGCUGACGCCUGGAACUGGGGCGCAGAGCUAUUCUGCGAGUGUGAAGCGAGGUACAUUGAGAAAGUCCAAGACGAGCGUGGAGGCUACAUUGUCUAUUUUGCCUGGCACGGCCGAAAUCGCCAACAGUUCUCGCAUAACUUCCGGUCCGAGUUGAUGUGGGUUUAUGCAAAGAACGCCGUUUUCCUUGGAGGAGGAGCCAUGGGCACUACAGAACUCCUGCUGCGAAGCAGGGACAUGGGCUUGCGCAUGAGCGACCAGGUUGGGCGAAACAUGAGUGGGAACGGCAACAUACUGGCCUUUGGAUACAAUUCCCGGAGUGAAGUCAACGCCGUUGGCUCAGAACGACCGAGUCGCUUCAAUGCAGUUGGGCCGACAAUCACGAGCAUGAUAGACUGCCGAGGUGGCCAUGCGAACCCCCUGGAUGGCUUCGUCGUGCAAGACGGAGCUAUUCCACAGGGUCUGGGUGCAUUCUUCCAGAUCCUCUUGCAAUUCCUCCCCGCCUUCCAAUCUGGCUACGGUAGGACAUUCACGCAGCGGCUCCACGCAAUCAUGGCCUGGUUGAAGGGCAUUCUCAUGGGAUGUUUCUUCAACACUGGAGCGCUGCAUAGAACGCAGGCAUUUGUUGCGAUGUUGCACGACAGCAAUCAGGGCUCACUGUGCCUUGAGAACGACAAGCCGGUCUUUAACUUUGCCGGAGCCGGUCGCAAUGACAGAGUUCGCAAGGUCCACGCAUUUCUCAGCAAAAUCUCCGAAGCCAUCGGGGCUGUGUUGAUCCCGACCCCUUUAUAUUCUCUGAUGGGUAAACAGCUCGUCACUGUUCAUCCCCUUGGCGGCGCGGGAAUGACCAGCGAUGGCUCCGGCGCUCGUGGCGUGACAAACCACGUUGGCGAGGUCUUUGUCGGCAACGCCACCGCGGAGACCUAUCCCGGCCUGGUGGUCACGGACGCCGCAGCCAUACCGCGGGCGUUGGGUGUUAACCCCCUCGCCACCAUUACCGCUCUCGCGGAGCGUGCCGUUGCCAAUUACGCAGCGCAGAAUGGUCUGGUCAUCGACAAAACGCGCAAUGGCAUUCUUGACCUGUACGAAAAGCCGCCGAUCUGCCGAAGUGAACAAAUAUUCCCCGAGGGGGGAACGGUUGAGCCACUGGUGGCCUCUCUGUGCGAUGCUGUUGGACAGAGAGAGCCGACCGUCAGCUUCACAGAGCUGAUGUCCGGGUUCGUGCAUCCUGGGCGUGUUCUCACACGCGAUGACAAAAGGACGUACGAGUUGGCACACCACUUGGGAAAGUGCCGAGACGAGACGGCGAGGCUAUUUGUCAGUGUCACCGUGCCGUGCUCUGAAGCAGACACCGCCGGAACAGACUAUCCUGGCAUCAUGACGGGCACCUUUACCUGUCCCAGUCUUCGCGGCUCACCUUUUACCAUCUUGCGAAGCAAAUUCGGCGUCUUUGAGUCAGACGACAGCGUAAGCGGCAGCGGAAAGCUGGUUUACGACUUCGAGAUGCUGGGCGUUAACGGGAAACGACUCCAUUUCCAUGGAUACAAGGUCACCGACCCAUCCAUCACGCUUCGGCCAUCACGGCUAUGGCAAGCAACGACAACAUUGUAUGUGAGCAUCACGGACCCAGGCAUGGACCCAGGCCAGACCACCGAUAAGGCGAUGAUCGCUGCUCGGACCAGGACGGCCUCGCCGAGGUGUAUUGUCACGAAUCAAAUGAAUGGGCCAUAUCUCCGGCCGCACCGAUCGCCAAUCGCCAUGGGCAUCAUCAACGUUCACUUCGCCGACUUGCUACCUGCCGCACGGACUUUGACAGCAAGCGGUGCGAAUUUCGUCGACAGAGCGGCCAAGCUAUCGACAUACCUCGAGAGAUUGUGGCGACAGCCGCUUCAGCUGUUCCUUAGCCCUUUCAUGCCGCUACAGUACCCUCUUGACGAGCAAGUCGGAUGCAUCAACUUUACACCUCCAUCGCGAACGUUUACCGUUGUAGCAAGCGAUGGAGUGGCCUCCAAGCUGCACAUGUGGGAGCCAGAUCCCUGUGCCGUCGCCAGAGACGAACACGGCGCGCCUGUACCCGUGAAAGACCUCUUCAUGAUUCCGGGCGCAAGUGUCGACCAUCAAAUUUUUGCUCUUGCGACAAUCCCAUUCAACGCGGUCAAUUACCUGACGCGCGCCGGCUACCGCGUCUUUGUGACCGUCCACCGUAUCGGCCGUCUGGAGACGGCGCACAGUUCCUGGACAACGUAUGAUGCCCGCCUCGAUAUCAAGGCGUGCCUCGAGAUCAUACGCACGCUACAUGGCCGGCAAAAGAUCUACACAAUCGCCCACUGUAUGGGCUCCGUGGCAUUUGCUUGCGGGCUUCUGGACGGCACAAUCCCCGCCGAGUGGAUUCUCGGCAUCACCUGCAGCCAGGUCUUCAUGAACCCGGUCUGGAGCACGGUGAACACGCUCAAAGCCAAGUCUCCCAUACCCCUCGACUGGCUUUUCUCAAAGUUGGCAGGCCCAUUCUUUGACUGCUCGACAUCAGUCGACGACAAACUUGUGCACCAGGUCUUGAACCAGUUCCUGCGGCUGUAUCCCCAGGAGCGGCACGAGAUGUGCAACAACGCAGUUUGUCUCCGCACUACCUUCUUAUUUGGACGAUGUUGGAGCCACCACAACCUCAAUGAGGCUACUCACUCGCAGAUUGAUCGCGUGUUUGGCGGUGCCAAUGUUAAUCUCAUGCACCUUCUCAUGCACAUGGGCACGCGCGGUGCCGUUACCAGCAACGCGCCUGCGUACGAGCCCCUCGUAACACCAGAAAAUAUUCAGAGGCUCCGGGGGAUUCCAUUUCUGUUAUUCAAUGGCGCGGACAGCUCGGUUCUCAGCCCCAAGGCUGCAGACGAGACUUACAACACGCUACUUGCGACUUUUGGCGUAUCGGCGGGUGUCGAUGGGGCAGGGGUGCAAUAUCGCCGGAGGAGCGUCGAGGGAUACGGCCACCUCGACUGCUGGAUGGGGGUGAACGCGUGGCGGGACGUGUAUCCAUUCGUGCGCGAGGAGGUUGACCGCGUUGUCCGCGGUGACGAGUACGUGUUUCGUCAGCCCAACGACAGGUUUACUGCCAUGGUCGAGGCUGAGAAGCAGCUAAAUUGGGUGGGCGCGGCGUCUUCUGGAAUGUGA